AUGGAAGAAGAGACACCUUCGUUUGGAGGGAAGACAAUGUCAGAUAUUAACGGAUUAACUGCCACCACAAAAUCCUCUCCUUCCCAAUUAUUUGCUUGGUUUUUUCAUCACAAUUGUCUCUUGGGCUUCCCAGCCAAUGUACCUCCGGCGACCGAACCAGUAACUGAAGUACAUGCAGUUGCCGCCAUUGAUGCACAAGCUAGCAAAGAUCACGUGAAGUUGAGAUCUAGAGAAUCUUCUGGUGAUUUCUCAAGUCAUACGGAUAAUGCGGGAAGCAACUGGAGAAUGCCUUGGACCUCAGAGUUUGAUUUUAAUGAGGAAUUUUCCACUGAAAUUCUCUUUUGGGUUAGAUUCCCAAAAUUACCUAUGAACGGUUGGGGAAUUGAUUCUCUUAGUAGAAUAGCUAGUGCUAUUGAGACUCCUAUAUUUGCUGAUGAAUGUACAACUAAGAAAACCAGAGUGUCCUUUGUCAUAAUGUUGAUAGAGGUUAAUGUGACUAAACCACUUCCAUAUGAGAUAUGUGUUAUGGAUCCAAAGGUUAAGCAACAGGAUCAGCAAAAAGCACCAGUUGAGCAACAGAUGUCACAUUCUGCUUCUGCAAGUAGCAGACUAGCAAUUAGCCAAAGGCAAAACAGCAAUAGUCCAGUUGAUGUUAUGCCCAAAGAAGGCCAUCGAGGAAAACAAGUGGAAAGCAUCCAUGAGUGUAACUUAACAAAUUUUCCUAUGCUAUCUGCAAUUAGAGUGAAGAAUCCUUUUGAGGUACUACCAUGUGGAACUGGAGAUUUGCAGCAAUUACCUCUUGACGGGGGAAAAGUCAAUAAGAGGUAUAAGAAGAAAGAGUUGCAUAACUACAUCAAAAACAAAAAUAUUAAGUUAGCUGGCUUGAUGGAAACUAGAGUGAAAGUUCAUAAUUUCAAGAGAGUGAUCAAAGCUAUUGUACCUGAAUGGGAAGGGUUUAUCAACUACCAGUAUGCUCAGAAUGUUGAACAAAGGAGGUCACUCUGGACAGACAUGCAUAGUUUGUCUGCAAACAUAAUCACACCUUGGAUAAUUUGUGGAGAAUUUAAUGCAGUGUUAUAUCCUCAAGAGAGAGUGAUGGGCAAUCCUAUAACAUAUGCAGAAACUCAUUUCUCUAACUGCAUUCAAGCUCUACAAGUGAAUGGAUCGAUAUGGAAGGGAGACUACUACACUUGGUCAAACAAGCAAUAUGGAUCACAUAGAAUCAAUAGCAGAAUUGAUAGAGUCUUUGGAAAUUUUGAGUGGAUGAUGCAAUGGGGGCACGUGCAGACUAAAUAUGAUCUACCCCAAAUGUAUGAUCAUUCACCUAUGCUACUACCAAUCUCCACAAUUACUAGGCCUGGUAAAAUUCCUUUCAGAUUCCUAAAUGUCUGGGCAGACCAUGAUAGUUUUUUGCAAUUAGUGCAGGAAGUAUGGGCUCAAAACGUAACAAAUUGGAGAAUAAAGAGUAUUUGGCUGAAGCUAAAAGCUUUAAAGCCUAGACUCAAGGCUUUAAACAAUGAGGAUUCAGAACUAUUACUGCUAAGAUUGACAAGGCUCGGGUGGAACUUCAAGAUAUUCAAGAGAAGAUUGUAA